AUGCAAAGCUUCAGCGUGCACCAGGCCCCUGAGAGCCUGGAAGGCCAGGACGAGUAUGACCUAUUUGGCAUCACGAGGUCCAUGGACUGGCUAGACGCGGAUGGACAACAGACGCCGCGCGGGGCAUCACCAAAGCCGGAGGAUGCAGACUUUGGCCUGCGCACCGGCCCGCUGAGCCGCCUGUACCUUGACGAGAUCUCAGAGGAGCACCACAGUUGCUCUGAGACCUCAAUCGCUCCCUUCCACCACCUGGGAACCCCCUCCUACAUGCUCAGUGACGCCAGUGCCAGCGGCGCUGUGCUGCCCUGCGGAGCGUCCCCCGCUGCCCACCUCCUCGGCAGGAACACCUCUGGUGAGCUGCAGUUCCUGAUGGAGACAGAGGGCGACCUCUGUAACCCCUCGGCCAUGCUGGAGGGGGGCAUGCCCAUCCACAAACCCGCCAGCAGCAACUCCAUCGCCGACGGCGGCGGCGCCCUCUACCCGGCCACACCGCCCCAGAAUAUCCUCAGCAAGCGGGACUGGCUGGACCCGUACCAUCGGUCGUCGCCACAGGACUCGGGCACCAGUGUAUUCUCCUCGCGCUCCUCCAUGGACACCGUGCACCUGCUCGCCGACGUCCCCGACGUGCCCCUGGACGGCCCCUUGGGCUCCCGCAACAUCCACCUCCCCUACGGCUUUGAGCGGUACAGCUCGCUAGACAGCUGUGCGGGGCUUGGAGAUCUGGCAGCUGAGGAAGUGCUGGUGGGCAUCGAGCCGCUGUGCGCGUCGCCGCCGCCGACGCCGCUGGGCAUGUGCUAUGCGCCGUUGCCGGCGCACGGGCGCUCCUCGCGCGCCGCGGGCUCGCCCCGGGCCUGCAGCUCCCCCGCCGCGUCCGCCCCGGCCGAGAAGGCCGAGAGCGAGGGCUACACCGGCCUGCGCCAGCGCGCCUGCAAACGCAAAGUCAAGUAUUCCGACACCGAGCCGCCCCUCGGCUCCGCCUCUGACGGGCCGCGGAGCCUGGUGACGAGUGCGCGUGGGCGCUGCUCCAAGCCCCGGCGCUUCUUCUGCGCCGGUGCGGAGAGCGACGAGGAGGUCAGCGAGGGCUCCAACAAGCGCCGCAAGCACCACAACCCCUGGAGCAUUGAGGAGACGGAGGCGUUGGUGGUGGGAGUGGAGCGCUGCGGCGGCGGCAAGUGGGCGGACAUCAAGAAGCUGGGCUUCCCCAUCAUCGCGCAGCGCUCCGCCGUGGACCUCAAGGACAAGUGGCGCAACCUCAUGCGCGUCGCCCUCCUGCCCGGCACCGCCGCCAAGACGAAGAUAGAGAAGCGGCGGGAGGUGCCUCAGGAGCUACUGGACCGCGUGCGCACGUUGUCGGCCAGCUUUGGCAGCAAGGCCUCCGCCUCCGCUCGCCCCUACCUCGGACGGCCCCGCCGCUCCGUGUGA